GGGCUACGUCCACACUGAUGUUGAUUAUGUAUGUAUGGAUUACAAUAGAUUGGCAAGAGAGCUCCAUGUGGAUGCAACCCUUGCCAUUUUGCUCUAUGUUUGGUUAAGAGGGUAUUGCCCUCUGUUUGGAUUGUGAGGGUUGAGUGUGAGUCUCUCUAGUUUCCUUAGUGAAGGUGAGCCCUUUGUCUUCCUCUGGAUGUGAGUCCCCUCAUGAGGGUGAGAGAGAGUCAAUUUUAUAGUAUAAGGGCUCCCUCCUCUUUUACAUUUGUCUUGGGUUUUGGGAUGAGGCCCAAAGACGAUGCCCAAUAUAUGGUACCAACAGUUUCUAUUUAUGUAAACAACCCUUCCAUAACCCCUUUCCUUAAACCCUAAUAGAAUCCCUUCAAAAUAAUUGCAAUUUUUGCUGAAUUAGCACUUAAAACCUCUAGAGAAAUAUUCAAUUAUUUAGCAAUUAUGUAUGACCAAACCCUUAAGUAGCAAUUAGAAAGCGAAAGUGCGCGUUUUUAAUACAUGGCUGCCUCUGCGUUUGGCCGUCGUCAUUUCGUCAUUUUCCUUACUUCUUUAGAGAGGGACAACAUGGCUGUGGCGCCUACACAUAACCCCCAUCCUCUCCUCUCUGAGUCGGUUCCUUCUUCUUCUUCUACUUUGACCCUCCUCUCCCAACCUCCCAAAACCCACUCUGAAUCUCUCUCUCUGUGUUAAAGUUCGUUCCUUUAAAUCGCUAUCAAUUUUAUUGAGAGAGAAGCAAAGGAAAAAGUAUGUUAUUUUCUCGGAUUCAAAGAAGCAGCUUCAAUGGGUUGUGUCGGUGUUUGCUUUCCCAUCGAAGGGACCCGCAACAGUUCGUCGCCGCCCGCACUUACUCUCAAUCGCUGAAUGAUUCGACCCAGAAGAUUAUGGGUUGCGGGGAAUUUAUUUCGUGGGGAUUGCCGCCGGUUUUCCAUGGUUCCAGGCACCAAAUUCACCAUCAAAGCAGCUCCAUAGUUGAGCCUCUGGAUCAAAAUGUACGAGUUGUUUAUUGUUGCUUAUGGCACAAAUGCAAAGAUGGAGAACCGCUUGACCCAUUCUCGCUUGUUUCCGAUGAGCUGUCGAUUAUUGCUAACAGGUUGCGGGCAAUGGUAGUUGCUGAGGUCCCUAAGCUUGCCUCCGCUGCUGAGUACUUCUUUAAAAUGGGAGUGGAAGGAAAGAGGUUUCGUCCCACGGUCUUAUUGUUGAUGUCAACCGCUUUGAAUAUCACUGUACCUGAACCUCCUACAGAACUGCGAGUGGCUUUGUCAACAGAGCUACGCGCAAGGCAACAAUGUAUAGCAGAAGUCACAGAGAUGAUUCAUGUGGCAAGCCUUCUACAUGAUGAUGUAUUGGAUGAUGCAGACACAAGGCGUGGUGUUGGUACAUUAAAUUGUAUAAUGGGAAAUAAGUUAGCUGUUUUAGCGGGGGAUUUUCUGCUUUCCCGAGCCUGUGUCGCACUUGCCUCCUUGAGAAACACAGAGGUUGUAUCAUUAAUGUCAACGGUUGUUGAGCAUCUUGUGACAGGUGAAACCAUGCAAAUCACUACCACAUCUGAUCAACGUUGUAGCAUGGAAUAUUAUAUACAAAAGACUUAUUACAAGACUGCAUCAUUGAUUUCAAAUAGUUGCAAAGCAAUUGCCGUUCUUGCUGGGCAUACAACCGAAGUUGCUAUGUUGGCUUAUGAGUAUGGAAAAAAUCUGGGAUUGGCAUUUCAAUUAAUAGAUGACGUUCUUGAUUUUAUGGGCACAUCAGCUUCACUUGGAAAGGGCUCUUUAUCUGACAUCCGCCAUGGCAUCGUAACUGCUCCAAUAUUGUUUGCCAUGGAAGAGUUUCCUCAGUUGCGUAUGGUUGUUGAACAGGGCCUUGAUAACAACCCUGCAAAUAUUGAACUUGCUCUCGACUACCUAGGUAGGAGCCGUGGAAUACAUAGGACAAGGGAGCUAGCCACAAAACAUGCAAACCUUGCCGCAGCGGCAAUCGAAUCUCUGCCCGAGAGCAAAGACAAGAAUGUCAGAAAAUCGAGGAGGGCACUCCUAGAUCUCACCCAGGUAGUCAUUACAAGAACCAAAUGAUGGAGAAUAUCUGCACCAUAUUGACAUAAUAAUGUGUUGAAGUUCAGUUAUUGAACUUCAUUGUCCCUAUAAUACGAGGGACGAGUCCAUUUUCUUCAUCAUAUUCUUUCAACCAUUUCGUUUUCUUUUCCAAAAAAUUUCCCGUAGACUACAUUUCGUGUAGUAAAAUUUUGACACACAUCCGUCAUUGUGUACAUUAAACUCUGGAGUAAUUAGGGAUAGCAGUGGUAUCAUACCACGCAUAACUCCGCCGGAUUCUGGUCAAAUGAUGUAAUUGGAUCGUAUUCGCUUGGCUUCAAAAGUGAAGCUAGCAGUGACUUUCAUCUCUGAUUUCGGCUGUUCGGAGGAUGCUUGUACUGUUUGCAUUCAAGUUCUAAAUUUUAUCCGUCGGCUUCGUGAGAAAA